AAACACAGUCAAUUAUAGAAGAUGACGAUGGAUGCCAGCUCUGCACCAAGUUAAAAAGGAGGCCACAUACACACUGUCUGGUCAGACAACACUGUAAUCGUUUGAUCAAUUUCUCUUAAUUUUAUCGGGGUUGAGCUCACUUCUGUUGUCAGGCAACCCUCAUCUAAGGAAACAAGUUCCAAAACAAUAACAAAUUCUUUCAAUAUAUGAAAAAAUCUGCCAACCCAGAUCGCUCACCCACCGAAAUGGCCCGAGUAAAUUCAUGAUUCAUAAGAGAUUCAGCGAUACAGAACUCUGUAAAAUUGCACGCAAUAAGGGGCUCAGUCGACCUCAAAGUAAACCCAACCUUUGAAAAACCAUAGAUGAAACAUACCCACCUUAUAACUGUUACUGAUUCACAUCCAAGACAUAAGACAUUGGAAAUCAUCAAUUCAGAGAUCUCCAUGUAGCCCGAGUGACAGACACCCAACUGGUAAAACAAGUGGAGGAUGAAAUGCCCAGGCAUAUGCUUUGGUAUUUAAACAAUCUUAUCCUAGAAGAUUUGGUGCAGCAAUGCAUGAAACUAGAAAAGGCCUAAAAAUAGAGGGGUGCCUUUUUUUUAAUUUUUUUGUCUUUGGUGCUUUAGUCUGCAUGAUUUCAGACUUUUUUGUAGCUUUUCAGCGAGACAUUCUGUGCAGUAUGAUACUAUUCUUAGAGGCAUGCGCCAUGCAAAUUUGAUGGUUUUGCAUGCUGCCCUCUUUCUUGCGUCCGAAGAAUCAGUUUUGAAAUGAUAUUCAAGUUUUCGUUUACUUAUUUUAGUAAUCAUCCGAGUCUUCAGGUUCGAUUUAUUAGCCAAUAAAAUCAGUGAACUCCUCUGCUCAUGCAUUUCAGCAAUUUAGGUCUUGUGUGUGUGCAAGGAGAAUUUAAGUGGGUUGACAGUGUGUGAAAGUAGGAUUUGUGUGUGUUGAUAGAUAUGGGCCGUGCAAUUGAAGAUGGAGAGGAGUUUAGAGAUAUUGAGAGUGAGGAAGUAGGGCAUGGGGAAAAUGAUUUGCAUACACCUCUGCUUAAGAGGAGAGGAACAUUCAGAGGGUCUAUGAUUGAUGGCACAUCACAGUUAGCAAUCGUUGGUGCUAAUGUUUCCCCUGUGGAGAGCUUGGAUUAUGAGAUUAUUGAGAAUGAUCUAUUCAAGCAUGACUGGAGGAGUAGGUCACGGGUUCAAAUCUUUCAGUACAUUGUCCUCAAGUGGACUCUGGCCUUUCUGAUUGGCAUUUUCACUGGGCUAGUUGGGUUCUUCAACAAUUUAGCAGUUGAGAACAUAGCUGGGAUGAAAUUUGUGAUCACGUCCAACUAUAUGCUUGAGAAAAGGUAUAUGCUAGCCUUUGCAGUAUUUGGCAGCUCUAAUUUGGUUUUGGCUCUCUUGUCAGCAUUGCUGUGUGCUUACAUUGCUCCCGCUGCAGCUGGAUCUGGUAUACCAGAAGUUAAGGCUUACCUUAAUGGAGUGGAUGCUCCUGCUAUUUUGGCUCCAGGCACCUUGUUUGUGAAGAUAUUUGGUAGCAUUGGUGCUGUGUCUGCUUCUCUGCACGUAGGUAAGGAGGGGCCUAUGGUACACACUGGUGCAUGCAUUGCAUCACUAUUGAGCCAGGGUGGCUCAAGACGUUAUCAUUUGACAUGGAGAUGGCUGCGGUAUUUUAAGAAUGACAGAGAUAGGCGUGAUUUGGUUACGUGCGGUGCUGCUGCUGGAGUUGCUGCAGCAUUUCGUGCUCCGGUUGGUGGAGUUCUUUUUGCACUCGAGGAAGCAGCAUCAUGGUGGCGAAGUGCACUUCUUUGGAGAACAUUUUUUACAACGGCAGUGGUUGCUGUAGUACUGAGAGGACUUAUUGACUAUUGUCAGACUGGUCACUGUGGUCUUUUUGGAAAAGGAGGCUUGAUCAUGUUCGAUGUCAGUUCAGUGACAAUAUCUUAUCAUAUCAGCGAUCUGCUUCCAGUGAUAAUUCUUGGAGUUUUUGGUGGCAUACUUGGGGGUCUUUAUAACUAUCUUUUGGACAAGAUUCUGAGGGUUUAUAGUCUCAUUAAUGAGAGGGGUCCCUUGUUCAAGUUGAUUCUUACUUGCACUGUGUCUAUUAUCACAUCUGCUUGUGCCUUUGGACUACCAUGGCUUGCUAAAUGUAUACCUUGUCCUGAAGGAUUGGAGGAGUCAUGUCCUACAAUCGGUCGUUCGGGAAAUUUCAAGAAGUUCCAGUGUGAACCUGGUUAUUACAAUGAUCUUGCAAGCUUAUUUUUCAAUACAAAUGAUGAUGCAAUUCGCAAUCUCUUUAGUAGUGGCACAGCAACAGAGUUUCAUUCCUCAUCCAUAUUACUAUUCUUCGGUGCAGUGUAUGUGCUUGGACUUUUGACAUAUGGAAUUGCAGUACCAUCAGGUCUCUUCAUACCUGUGAUUUUGGCUGGUGCCACUUAUGGUCGAUUGGUUGGCAUUUUAAUGGGAUCAUUCACAGAACUGGAUCAAGGGCUUUUUGCAGUGCUUGGUGCAGCUUCCUUUCUUGGUGGCUCAAUGAGGAUGACAGUUUCAUUAUGUGUAAUUCUUCUGGAGUUGACUAAUAAUUUACUGAUGCUUCCUCUAGUCAUGGUGGUGCUGUUAAUAUCUAAGGCAGUUGGUGAUGCAUUUAACAGCAGCAUUUAUGACCAGAUUGUUCACCUAAAGGGACUUCCAUUCCUUGAAGCAAACGCUGAGCCUUAUAUGAGGCAUUUAACUGCAGGUGAUGUUGUUACAGGUCCUUUGGUGACAUUUUCUGGAAUAGAAAAGGUUGGCAAUAUUUUGCGGGUCUUGAAGAGCUGUACACACAAUGGUUUUCCUGUAAUAGACGAGCCUCCAUUCUCAGAGGCACCUGUCUUAUGUGGCCUUGUGCUGCGUUCACAUUUAGUUGUUUUGCUGAAGAAGAAACUGUUCUUACCAUCACAAGCAUUUUCUAGUGCAGAUUUUAGUCAGCAAUUCACUUAUGUUGAGUUUGCCAAGCCUGGUUCAGGGAAAGGCAUCAAGCUUGAAGAAAUAGAGAUUAGUGCAGAUGAAGAGGAAAUGUUCGUUGAUUUGCAUCCAUUUACCAAUACCUCACCUUAUACUGUUGUGGAGACCAUGUCAUUGGCAAAAGCACUGAUGCUUUUUCGACAAGUUGGCUUGCGCCAUCUUUGUGUGGUGCCCAAAUCUUCUGGGAGACCUCCUAUAGUUGGAAUAUUAACUAGGCAUGAUUUUAUGGCGGAGCACAUUUUGGGUCUCUUUCCUAAUCUGAAGCAGAGUAAGUGGAAAAGGGUGCGCAUUCGGUUAUCUGUAUUUACCACUAUUAUGAAAAAUAUCCCAAUAAUAGGUAAUUACUGUUAGAUCAACGAGUUGUCUUUGGUUCAAAUGCUUUCUGAUUCAGGAAAAAGAUCAAAGGCUGAUCGUAGCACCUUCCCUGGCAUAUGCUAGUUGUAUAUGCAAUUCUUUUUUGUUGAGGAAUUUGGCUUUGAUCUUUUAUUAAAAGAUCUAUUAUCUAUCCUGGAACUCAGGAUAAUCGGUUAUUUAGGACAGGUCUUAAAUAUUUUUUACUUUUAAGGAUGGGAAUUUUGUAUAUGCCUUGUUUUGCAUGUUGCAUUUUAUGCAGACAGAUUCAGUGGUUGUUCCACCAUCUGCUUUCCUGCACUGAGCAAAAUUCUUUAGCCAUCUGCUUUCCUGCACGCAACAAAUUCUUUGGCCAUUUCAACUCAAUGAGCAUUAGGUUUAAUGUACAAGCCACUCUGAAUUUUAGAAUGGUCCAUAAACAUGUAAGGAGAGGUUAACUUCUCAUAGCAUGGUAAAAUGGCGGUAAAAAUGAGGAUCACAAGAUCCUGUUUAAUGAUGUAAAGAUUGUAAGUUUCAAAGAGGACACCAUUGAAUAUAAGAUUUCAAAAUAUUGCUCGUUUCUUGCAUGAGCAAUGAUCAUUUCUUUUAUAUAUCA